AUCUGGGUUGCUGUCUUGCUUAAGCUAUGUUAAUUACACGGAGUAGCACGCAUGUAGGGAAUCCGAUGUUCAAUGGCGUUAACACUUAAUAUUAGCAAAUUUGCGCCGCGUUUCGGAUUUGAAUCCGGUUCCUCUAAAGUGCGAAAAGAACUACUUGCGCCUAUUUCUCUUCCUGUACCCUUCAUCUUCCAUGGCCGCUUCUCCUUUUGGGUCUCAGAGGCAGACGCGUCAGACAAAGCUUCCAACGUUCCCGAUCUUGUGCCAGAAUCUGGAGUUGACGAAUGUCCAGCAAUUUCAAGUUGACCAAGUCGUCGACGCUACACGCAAGGGAAAUAAAAUCCGUUUCGCGAACCACUCGAUCAGCCCGAACUGUUACGCAAAGGUGAUGAUGGUGAACGGUGAUCACCGAAUUGGCAUCUUCGCUAGACGCUACAUCAACGCUUUUGAAGAACUGUUCUUCGAUUAUCGCUACGGCCCGCUGGAACAGCUUAAAUUCGUGAGCAUAGAAAGAAGUCGCAUAAGUUGA